CAUUAUCCUGGCUGCACUGGCAGCCGACCUCACGCGCACCAACAGAAGUGCGGAACUCGCCGGCCUUUGUAGUGUCUACUCACCAUCAGAAGUGCGAACUACGAGGGCCGGGGCGCGCCACCUAAAGAUAAAGCUCUAAAAAAAAUUUGAAGUGGGAACGUAGAAUGUACAUGCAGAUUACGAACAAGAAGG